GACAAUGUGCAGCAGGACGGCGCGUGGAAGCCGCCCGGUAGAGAGCGAGACGCCCGCAGGUUCCCCCGAAGGAAGUUUCUCAAUGAUGGGGCAGGCGACCCCGUGCGCCUGAGCGACGUCGCGGGCAAUAGGCAGAAGGAUGAGAAGCAAAAGGGCGCCCCAGGGCCAGCGGCGUUCGCGCGCGCGGCGAUGCCAAGCGCGCCGGGCUCGAUGGGGGGCAAUCAGAGCACCGAGGUUGCGCGCGCCCCCGAGGACUUCAAGGAUAACUUCGUCGAGGCUUAUGUAUUCAAGCUUACGGAUUAUUUUCGUCUUCUCGACCCUCAGCAGAACUUCCGCGGCCGGAAUAACCG